AUGCAUCCUCCACCUAUGCCCCGACCACACAGCGACAGGUCUUCGCACACUGUCUCGAAAUGGACCACGCCCAUCCCCCAAUGUUCACUCCCCCGGUUCGUGUUUGGCUCCCCUCGACGCUCCCUGAGUAGCCGAAAGAUCCUCAUCGAUGCCGACUCCCCGGAUACGAGAGCUUUGUCGCUGGCCCAAUACCGACUCCUCUCUGCUCGUGUAGCAGUGGGUUUGCAGAAACUGGGCGUCAACCCGAAAGAUCGCGUGUUAUGCGUGACCUCCAAUGCCCUCUGCUAUCCCGCACUCCUCAUGGGUACUGUGAUGGCCGGGUGUAUCUUCGCGUCUGGACAACCUGCUCUCAACCAGGCCGAAUUCCAUCGUUUGAUAUCCUUCUCGCAACCUUCGGUGAUUUUUGCCAGCCGUGCCACCCUUCCAGUUGCCCUGCAAGCCGCGCGCUUGGCCAAUCAUCCUGAUAACCGAAUUUUUGUCUUUGACGAUGACAUCCUAGACGGCUGUGGCGAGCCGGAAGGCCCGAUUCAGCACUGGCAGACGAUGGUGGCGUCCGAAUGGGAGGGGUCCCGGUUUUGGUACCCCACUGUCAUUUCUUCGCAAGAGUAUAACAGCACAAUAAUGCUCCUUUUCACUUCCGGCACUACUGGUGAGCCCAAGGGUGUAGAACUGUCACAUCGCAACUACAUUGCGGCAGCGAUGGGAUACAUCCGGCGAAUCUCCUCGCAUCCAGCUUGGAAAUAUAACCCUCGCCUUGGAGGCCCUGAAAACGUGCGCGUGUUGGGUUCCCUUGCAAUCAAUCACAGUGUUGGGCAGCGGUCAUAUUGCGCCAUCUUUCCCAAGAUGGGUGUUCCGCUGUAUUUGAUGCGACGCAAUGACUUUCGGAGCAUCUGCGAGGCAGUUGAGCGGUUCCAGAUCACAGAUGCAAUCAUUCGAAGCUCUGUUCUGACCUCCAUGGCGAAGAAUGCCCCCAUCUGUCGAGAAUACGAUUUGACAUGUCUCCGACGUGUCGAGGCGUGUGCUGCGCCGAUGAGCCAGUUCACGAAGUUCAAGCUGGAAAGUAUGGGAAUCGGAUACGUUGCCCGUGCCUGGGGGCUUACAGAAACGGGAACUAUCACUGGGCCCGAUCCCCUGCGCCCGCCCAAGUCCGAGACGGUCGGGCAACUGAACGCCACGUACGAAGGGAAAGUAACUGAUUCCAGCGACUAUUCUCGGACAUUGAAGACAGGUGAGGUUGGCGACAUCUGGAUCCGCACGCCAGGAUCAACUCGAGGAUACUGGAACAAUCCCGCCGCGACGGAGCAAGUGAUGGGAGCAGGCGGUUGGAUCAGCACAGGAGAUGUAGGAUACGUCGAUGACAAAGGCAAUUGGUAUAUUGUCGACCGUAAAAAGGAUUUGAUCAAGGUUAACGGAAGCCAUGUAUCUCCGGUCGAGAUUGAGUCUGUCCUACUACAGCACCCGCAUGUCUGUGAUGUUGGGGUGAUCGGAGUCGCAGUGAACGAGGACGAGGGGCCCCGGGCCUAUAUCCAGACCUACCCCAAGACCUCGGUGUCCGCCGAGGAGAUCCAUGAGCUCAUCUCGGAGAAGCUCCCUCCAUACAAGCGUCUGUCAGGCGGUCUCUCGUUCAUUGAGAAAAUUCCACGGAACGCGUCCGGCAAGGUGUUGCGCAGUGAGCUUCGGCAACUAGCCAUCUUGGAGCUGGGAGACUAUCUAGGAAACUACCACGGCACGCGUGGCAGAGGUGUGUUCACCUCCUACUCGACCCACGAGACAUUCCCAUCCAGUAUGGUCUACAAUAUCACCGAGAAAGAAACGCAGCCUACUAUUUGGAGCCACAUCAAUGGCUCCGAGGGCGAUAUCCUCGAUCGCUACUGCGUCUCCGAGCUCUGCAAGGGCUGGCCAGUAUAUCGCGACGCCUCCGAAUGGAACCACUACCGCCAUCUGUUUGUCGACAAGGGCGCUUUUGUCUUCACUACUUGGAGCGGCGGACUCUCCAUAGACGAUUUCAUCCAGACGUCCAUAAAGGGACGCGCCGACGGAGACCACAUCAUGCAUCGCGAAAACGGCACGCUCGUUGACCUGAACCCGACCACCGGUCGCGCUAUCGGUAAAAUGAAGGCCACCAUCACUCAACGCUUCAACUGGGACGGAGGAGGGGAUUGGAAAGUGGUCUACAUAAAACUGUUCUACGAGAAGGAUCGCGUCACACCCGCAGAUGGCCGGACGGUGCCGGAAUUUGACCGGGCGGAGUUGGAGAAAUACCCCAAGGGAUACCAGUAUCUGGCAGUGGCACAGGCCAAGCUGGGCCAUCCCAUCUUGAAUGAUUUGCCGACGAUGAACAACAAAGCCUUCUACAAGUUGUACGAGGCGAUGGCUGCGUGGAUGGAGGCUCGACCGGUAGGAGAUCUACUGGAGAUUCCCAAGGAAGCGUCGCCGCGGUAUUGA